GGACUCCAUGCUCCUAGGAGCGUCUUGGUUGUGCGCUUCCAAAGCCGCUGCAGCGCAGAGCGAAGGAGAAGAGGAAAGGCAAGGCGAGAGGAGGAGGAGGCGAGCAGCAGCAGCAGCAGGAGGAGAAGAGAUGGACGAGUCCUCCUUGCUGGAUUUGCUGGAGUGCUCGGUGUGCUUGGAACGUCUGGACACUACUGCCAAGGUACUCCCGUGCCAACAUACCUUCUGCCGCCGCUGUCUAGAAAGUAUCGUCUGCUCUCGCCACGAGCUGCGCUGCCCCGAGUGUCGCAUCCUGGUGGGCUGUGGGGUGGAUGAACUGCCCGCCAACAUCCUGCUCGUCAGGUUGCUGGAUGGCAUCCGCCAGAGACCCCGAGGCAGCGGCGGGGGAGGUGGGAGCAGCAGCUGCAGCAGCAACGGGAAUAGCCCCACGGCCAGGGGUCAUGGUCCUACCCCAGCUGGAGGGGGUGGAGGAGGUGGAGGUAAUGCCCCGGGUUCCCCAGCCUAUCACCCAGCCGCCGCCGCAGCCGCUGCCACGAUCUCCGGGGGCACCAGCGCCGCCGCCAGUCUUCGAGAGCUGGCAGCAGCCAGCAGGAGCGCCCUCCUGGGAAAGAAUAUUUCCCAACUUCCUUGUGGCAAAGCCCUCUAUAGCUAUGAGGGGAAAGAACCUGGUGAUCUCAAGUUUAACAAGGGAGACAUCAUCAUCCUUCGUCGAAAGGUGGAUGAGAACUGGUACCAUGGGGAGCUGAAUGGAAACCAUGGCUUCUUCCCUGCCAGCUAUAUUCAGUGCAUCAAGCCCUUACCACAAGCCCCACCCCAGGGCAAAGCACUUUAUGACUUUGAGAUAAAGGAUAAAGAUCAGGACAAGGACUGUUUAACUUUCACCAAGCUCAACGAAUCCGCCAAACAGCUUAUUGAGAUGGACAAGACAUGCUUAGCUGCUGCAUCUGGCUGCGAUGUCUCCCUGCCAUCUGACACCAACAUGGCAGGCAAUCUGGCCCAGUGUUCUACCUUAAGCAGCUCGGGAGCAGUCAGUGCCAUUCAGCGGCGUAUUGAUGGCAAGAAGAAUGCCAAGAAACGCCACUCCUUCACUGCCCUCAGUAUGACGCACAAAUCCUCCCAGGCUAUGAGCAAUAGGCAUUCCAUGGAAAUUAGUGCUCCUGUUUUGAUCAGCUCUAGUGAUCCCCGGGCUGCUACCAGAAUUGGAGAGUUGACUCACCUUUCAUCCAGUGCUCCAGCCCAGGACUCUUCUUCAGCUGGAUCUGCUACGGUGGCUGGGCCCCGGACAAGUGCAGUUGUUGGAGAACAGGGAACAUCCCCAAAGGUCCAGCUGCCCCUCAAUAUAUACCUAGCACUUUAUGCAUAUAAGCCACAGAAGAAUGAUGAGUUGGAACUACGUAAGGGGGAGAUGUACCGAGUCAUUGAGAAGUGUCAAGAUGGCUGGUUCAAGGGAACAUCCCUGAGAACUGGGAUCUCUGGAGUCUUCCCAGGAAACUACGUGACUCCUGUCUCCAGGGUUCCUAUAGGAGGAGCUGGGCAGCCUCGGAAUAAUAUUCCUGGAGGGUCUCCGCUGGCUAAAGGGAUGGCAGGAGCUGCUCUUCCAGGAGGUGGAAGCCUGACCAACCCAGCCACUACUGUCAGACCCAUUGUUCCACUCACUGCACCUCAGACCCAUCCCCAGCACCAGGCAGCUUCUCCUCCUUUGAGCAAUUGUCUGAGGCAUUCAGCUCAGCAGGCAGCCAGUCAGUCUCGAAGUGCCAUGCAGAUAGCUGCCCACCCUUCUGCUCAGUCUCAAGACCGUCCCACUGCGACAGUAUCACCUCUACGUACCCAAAGCUCUCCAUCCCGCCUGCCAGCUACGGGGAUCAGGCCACACACCAUCGUAUCUCCACAGCACCUCCACCAAUCCUCAAUUCAGGUCGUCUCUGGAGCACAGUGCCCCAGGCCUGUCAUCCCUUUGACAUCAGCAGCCUCGGCCAUCACACCUCCCAAUGUCAGUGCAGCCAACCUGAAUGGAGACAUGGGCAGUGGGCCCAUCGGUAGCUUGAUGACUUCCAGCCCAACCAACACAGCCUGCAAAACAGAGGAGAAAAAGAAUGAAAAGGUAAUCAGUCCUCUGGGCAAGUACCGAGUUGUGGUCUCCUACCCUCCCCAGAGUGAGGCCGAGAUUGAGCUGAAAGAAGGAGACAUUGUGUUUGUGCACAAGAAGAGAGAGGACGGCUGGUACAAAGGGACACUGCAGAGGAAUGGCAGGACAGGCCUCUUCCCUGGAAGCUUUGUGGAAAGUUUCUGAUAAGGACUGGCUGGCUUUCUCCCCCUAGCAUCCACCACCAUUCUCCAAACCAAAAGACCUUCCAGAGGAAAUUUCCAUAGCACAAGAAAAGAAAACAAAGGGAAGCUUCACUGUUCUCCACCGUCACCGUCCUUUCCAAAGACACUCCCAGGCCUUUCCGCUCUCAAGGCCCGGGGCUGCGCUGCUGUGUUUCUGUAACCAGGGGAUGCCUUGGACCAGGGGGAAAGGAACCUGGGCUAGACACUAAUUGAGAGAACACAGCUUUGGAUUGUAUUUCAACUUAAAUGCCAACUCCCUUUGUGUAAAUUACAGAGAGAAAAUAUCUUUUAAAAAGAAAAUAAGAAGAAAGUUGAUUUAUUGCUGUAACUUAUUUUGUCGGAGCUGUAGUGCUCUUGGUUCCUGCCUAUGCAAGAUGGAUUUGAGAGGUCCAGGACGGCUGCUAGGAAGCGUUGGAAACAAGCCACGUUGGUUUGAUGCUUCUUUUGGAAGGAAGUGAUGUAGGUGGAGAAACAUUUAGGGAGAAUUCCCAUUCAGGCAUUGCCCUGGAGGAUCCACUGGGGAAUCCAAAUUGUUAACGUCGCCCUUUCUAUAUACCUCAGUAAUCUGCUGCCUAAUCAUUUCAGCAAGGGUGCUCAGAGAA